AUGUUGUUCCCCCCCGUCCAAGCUCUAAGGGUGAUGAUUUUGUUGGGUGUUGUUCCCACUGCCCCCGUUAAGGGUGAUAUGUUUUUGAUGUUGUUCCCCAGCCCCCAGUUAAGGAGUGUGAUUGUUGUUGAGUUGUUUAAAAAAAACCACAGCUCCUAAGAGUAUGAGUUGUUGAUGUGUUUCCCUCCGUCCCACAGCUCUAAGGGGUGAGUGUUUUUUGAUGUUGUUCCUCCUGUCCCAGUCUAAGAGUGAUGAUUUUGGGGUUUUUUUGAUGUUUUUUCCCCCCCGUCACAGCCCUAAGGAGUGAUGAUGUUUUUUUGAUGUUGUUCCCCCUGCCCCAAACUCUAAGGGUGAUGAUGUUUUUGAUGUUGUUCCCAGCCCACAGUCUAAGGGGGAUGAUGUUGUUUUAUGUUGUUCCCCCCCGUCCACGCUCUAAGGAGGAAUGAUGUUUGUUGAGUUUUUCCCUCCUGUCCACAGCUCAAGGGGUGAGAUGUUGUUGUGUUGUUCCCCCCCUCCACAGCUCGAGGAGUGAUGAUGUUUUCCCCAUGCCCACACUCUAAGGGUGAUGAUUUUUGUUGAUGUUUUUUCCCUCCGCCACAGCUUGAGGAGUGAUGAUUUUGUUAUGGUUUUUCCCCACCCCACAAAAUUAAAGGGGUGAUGAGUUGUUGAUGUUUUUCCCCCCGUCCCCCGCUCUAAGGAGGUAUGUUGUUUAAGUUGUUCCCCACUGCCCCCGUUGAGGAGUGAUGAUGUUGUUGAUGUUGUUCCUCCCGUCCACCCCGCUUAAAGGGGUGAGAUGUUUUUGAUGUUGGUUUCCCCUGUCCAAGCUCCCAAGGGGGGGUUUUUUUUUCUCGUCUAAGGGGGAGAAGGACAAGCUCCAGCAUCAGAGUGCUGAGGACGGGGAGUUUGGUGGUUGUUUUUUCUUUUCCAAUGUCUAUAGUGCUCUUGAUGCUUCAGUUAUUUUCUUACCCCUGUUACAGUCCCCCCUCUCUCAAAUGGGAAAAAGGGAAACCACCUCAUGAAAUAGUCUAAAAAUGCAACAAGUUAUUCUGCUGCUAAAGAACAUUAAGAUGUACAGACUAUUUCAGCGACUGUGGAUUUUCCUUUUCCAGUUUUAUCCUUUGAACCCGCACCCCAAAAAACCUUUUUUUACAAACUAUCAAGUGGGGCGUGCCAAUUCUUGACCCUCCUUGAACCCUGCACCAAAAUACCUUUGAUUACAAAUAUAAGUGGGGCUGCCAAUCUUGACCCCUUUAACCCUGCACCAAAAAACCCCCUUUUAUUACAACUAUCAAUGGGCUGCCAAUUCUGACCCUCCUUGAACCCUGCCCCAAAUACCUUUUAUUACAGACUAUCAAAUGGAGAUGCCCCAAUUUUUGGGACCUCCUUGAACCCUGCACCAAAAGACCUUUGAUUACAAACUAUCAAGUGGGCGUGCCAAUUCUUGACCUCCUUGAACCCUGCACCAAAAUACCUUUUAUUACAAACUAUCAAGUGGAGCGUGCCAUUUUGAAACCCCAAAAAAGUGUAAACAAAGGGGAGCGGCCAACACCCUGGGGAAACCCGCACCCCCCGGCACCAAACCACAAUGGAGGCCCGACCCCCGCACCAAAAAAUUUUAUCCCUCUCCUUUUUGCCCUCUAAUGACUAGCCUUAACAACGCCUGCCCCUGAUUAACUGCCCCUCCCUCUACCUCUCCCUUCACCCCCCCCUACUCCUCUUUCUCUACCUCCCCCCUUUCCUCUCUCCCUCUCCUCUCCCCUCCUUAUUUUCCCUUCCCUUUCUCUCUCCUCUUCUCCCUCUCUCUCCCUCCCCUCUCCUCUCCCUCCUUUCUUGUCCCUUACUCUUUCCUCUCCCUCUCCUCUUCUCUUUCCCCUCCCUUCUCCUCUUCCCUUUCUUCUGUCUCCCCUUCUCCUCUGUCUCCCUCUCCUUACUCCUCGUCUUCGCCCCGGCCCUCUCCUUUCUCCCUCUGUCUCGUCCUAGCUCCUCCCCUUGUCUCCCCCCCUUCUCUCCCUCCCUCCUUUAUCCUGCCCUUUACCUUCUCCUCUGCCUACCCUUCUUAUCUCUUCAUCCUCCCCUCUCCUCUCCUCUGUCUCCCUCUCCUCCCUCCUCUGCCUCCCUUCCUCGGGUCUCCACUCGUCCCUCUCCCUUUCCUCCUGUCUCCUCUCCCUCUCCUCUCCUCUGUCUCCCUCUCCUCUCGUCUCCCUCUCCUCUGUCCUCUCCUUCUCCUCCCUUCCCCUUGUCCCCCCUCUCUCUUCUCCCUCUCCUCUGCUCCCUCUCUCUGUCCCCUCUCCUUUUCCUCUCGUCUCCCUCUCCUCUGUCUCCCUCUCCUCUGACUCCCUCUCCUCUGUCUCCCUCUCCUCUGUCUCCCUCUCCUCUGUCUCCCUCUCCUCGCUCCCUCUCCCUUUCUGUCUCCCUCUCCCCCCCGUCUCCCCAGGAUGCCCUUUUGAGGACUUAAAGAAGACUACACAAAGAUUGAGAUCUGCAAACCCUGCCCCCUGAUGCCCUGGAGGAUGAUAAGAUCCACAAGUGGACGGUGUCUGUGGAACGAGGUCGCGGGUCAGAGGCUGCUCCGCCGGGGGCUGUUAGGAAAACUACCCAGGUAGGAGAUGACCCCUGACCUCUAACCCUAUACUGUAGGUUGAUAGAGCUUGCCUGAUGCAAUGGAACAAAUGGGGUAGUCCUACAAUUGACCCUUUGCUAAGCCCCGCCCCAGAAUUUUAGCCAAACAAUCUCACCGCUCCAAUGGAUAGCAACUGUCGUCGAGUCCGACACCUCGGACAAGCUCACGUUUUGAGUUUUUUUCUUUCAAAAAAGUAGGGGGGGGGGGGGGGGGGGCAGCCAUUAGCGAAGGGUCAAUUGCACUGCAAAUCUCCCCCACCUGGCACUCUGGCCAGGCUCAAUCAAAUGUUCCCAAAGUAUUUGAAAGAAAAAGUAGACAAUGUCCAUUGAGUGAUGUGGCGUGUUUGGUUCUACCUCUAUUUAUGUUAGUCUAUCCACAAGGAUUAGGUUCUGCAGAUUAAGUUCUGCAGGUUCUGGACCGAGGCUACACACAGUGAUGUGUCGUGUUUGGUUCUGAACCCCCUACCUGCAGAUACAUUCUGGACCAACCCUCAGUACCGCUUGCGUCUCCUGGAGGAGGACGAUGACCCAGAGGACAACGAGGUGGCGUGUUCCUUCGUGAUCGCUCUGAUGCAGAAGAACAGACGGAAGGAGAGGAAGAUGGGAGCCAAUCUCUUUACCAUCGGAUUUGCCAUCUACGAGGUGUCCCCCUGUCAGCCGUCACACACAAAAAAAAAAAAAAAGAUCUUAAACGACUUGUAUUAUUCUUUAAAGGGGGUAGUUGUUAGUUGAAAAAGUCUAAAAUAAUGUCUGUACCAGUUGCAGAUGACCCCUUAGCCACAAUAUGUUGGCGACACACGUUGUAUACAUGCUGCAUUCUGUUGGAAACACAGUUUUGUUUUUAGCUGUGUUUGCUGAUCUUGUUUCUGGUGCAAAUCAAUUCUGUUGUUUCAAUUCAAAUCAAAUCAAUUCAGAUCUGUUUCUGGUGCAAACACAACUCAUUCUUCUCUCUGUCUGUCUGCAGGUGCCAAAGGAGGUAAGGACAGGAGAUGUGGAAUGGGUUUAGUUUUUCACAUUGUGGGUUUUUUACUAUGAAAGUUUCUAUGAUUAAUAGUAUGACAACAAUGACUAAUUCAAUACUUUUCAUUCCCAAUCUUUCUCCUCCUCCGUCUGCGUGUUUCUGUGACCAGAUGCACGGCAACAAGCAGCACAUGCAGAAGGACUUCUUCCUGUUCAACUCGUCCAAGGCUCGCUGCAAGUCCUACAUCAACCUGAGGGAGGUGACCCAGCGCUUCCGUCUGAGCCCCGGGGAGUACGUCAUCAUCCCUUCCACCUACGAGCCUCACCAGGAGGGAGAGUUCAUCCUCAGAGUCUUCUCCGAAAAGAGGAACACCUCCGAGUGAGUGAGAGAGCAGGAUGGUGGUGGAGCGCAGAGGGAAUAUGGGAAUAUGUCGAGUCCCCCUGGGAAAAGCAAUGCAAGGCCACAGUGGAGUGUCAAAGAGGUUUAUUAACAGUCUGGGGUUCAAACAAAACGCAGAUAAAUGGCCUGUGCACUGCAAUAUACUUUUUAAAGCAAUUUUACCAGGCGUUUUUGCUGUGAUCACGUUGUUGUCACUGUAAACACAGUGGAUGCCGUUGUUUUAAAGAGUAUAUCACCUUUAAAAAGUCAAAUCGCAGUGCACAGGCCGCUUAUCUGCAUUUGUUUGAAUCCCGGGCUACGUUUCACACUUCCUUGGUCACUGGUUAACUAUAUAUAGAUUUGCAAAUACUGAUGAAUAUAUUCCAUUAUAGUAACUUAAUUACAAUCUUAGUAAUAGUAUGGGGUUGGCAGCUUCUCAGGUGUUUUACAUGACAUGACCCAAUGUCUAUGAUGGGUUAAGCAGUGUGGGUGAGUGGGUGUGUGUUGAGUUGUUGUUAGGUUGUGUUGUUGUCAGGUUAGAGUGUCCCCUUCGGGGAGGGGGUGCUGGUUGGGGUUAUGGGGGGGGGGGGGGGUCAGACCACCCAGGACAAACUAUUUUAACGGCAAUUUGAUUUGUAGAGCUGGAAGGAAUCGGCCCCAGUUCGAAGCUGUUAUGGAGUCUUUUUUAGGACAAGCGACUUCAGAUUUGGGCAUGCUCCGGUAAACAUUUUAUUUCAGUAUUAAAAUAAACCUCCUGAUCUGCCUUCAAACAUCCCGAAACAACCUCCACCCUAGAAAACAAGAGCUCCUAGCUCUGGUGGAAGAGAAAAAGCUGAAAUCUGAAGAAGCUGUAAAGACAUGUGACCGACUUGAUUAUGGGCGGGUUUCCCGGACAAAGAUUAUGUCUAGUCCUGGGCUAAGAAGCAAAAAUCAAUAGAGAAUCCCGUUUGAAAAUGUUUUUUUUGAAUCCGGGAUUAGGCUUAAUCUGUGUUCAGAAAACCAGCCCUAUGAGUUUUAAGAUAACAAAGUCUGUCUUUUAUUUAAUCUCAGUGGGAGUCACUGUUUUCGUCCAUUUGUUUUUAAGGAAACGUCAGGGUGUACAGUAGGUGAUAUAAUCAGGUUUUCUAGGUAUUGUCUGCCGUAUCUAGCCUGUGGUGAGAAGCCUGUUGGAGACGUAUCGGCCAGACAGACCUGGUCUGGGCCUAAUGCUCCUCCAGAGCAGAUAUGACCUGAGCAUUUUCUAACCUACAGUAUUUGCCAUAUCUUCAAUCUAAGCCAACUAGAAAGUGUGUGUCCUCAGGCCUGGAGGGAAGCAAAAGUAAUUCCGUUACCUAAGAAUAGUAAAGCCCCCUUUACUGGCUCAAACAGCCGACCAAUCAGCCUGUUACCAACCCUUAGUAAACUAUUGGAAAGAAUUGUGUUUGACCAGAUACAAUGCUAUUUUACAGUAAACAAAUUGACGACAGACUUUCAGCACGCUUAUAGGGAAGGACAUUCAACAAGCACAGCACUUACACAAAUGACUGAUGAUUGGCUGAGAGAAAUUGAUGAUAAAAAGAUUGUGGGGGCUGUUUUGUUAGACUUCAGUGCGGCUUUUGACAUUAUCAAUCGUGGUCUGCUGCUGGAAAAACGUAUGACGUGGAUGUGGAUUAAAGCAGCCCCCAACACCGCUCUGAUUCAGAGGGGUUGGGUUAAAUGCGGAAGACACAUUUAAGUUGAAUGCAUUCAGUUGUACAACUGACUAGGUAUCCCCCUUUCCCUUACACCCCCUGCCAUAUUGUGGAUAAAGAGUUACCUGUCUAACAGAACACAGAGAGUGUUCUUUAAUGGAAGCCUCUCCAACAUAAUCCAGGUAGAAUCAGGAAUUCCCCAGGGCAGCUGUCUAGGCCCAUUGCUUUUUUCAAUCUUUACUAACGACAUGCCACUGGCUUUGAGUAAAGCCUGUGUGUCUAUGUAUGCGGAUGACUCAACACUAUACACGUCAGCCACCACAGCGACUGAAAUGACUGCAACACUUAACAAAGAGCUGCAGUUAGUUUCACAAUGGGUGGCAAGGAAUAAGUUAGUCCUAAAUAUUUCAAAAACUAAAAGUAUUGUAUUUGGGUCAAAUCAUUCACUAAACCCUAAACCUCAACUAAAUAUUUUAAUGAAUAAUGUGGAAAUUGUUCAAGUUGAGGUGACUAAACUGCUUGGAAGUAACCCUGGAUUGUAAACUGUCAUGGUCAAAACAUAUUGAUACAACAGUAGCUAAGAUGGGGAGAAGUCUGUCCAUAAUAAAGCGCUGCUCUGCUUUCUUAACAGCACUAUCAACAAGGCAGGUCCUACAGGCCCUAGUUUUGUCCCACCUGGACGACUGUUCAGUCGUGUGGUCAGGUGACACAAAGAGGGACUCAGAACAGGGCAGCACGGCCGGCCCUUGGAUGUACACAGAGAGCUAACAUUAAUAAUAUGCAUGUCAAUCUCUCCUGGCUCAAAGUGGAGGAGAGAUUGACUUCAUCACUACUUGUAUUUGUGAGAGGUAUUGACAUGUUGAAAGCACCGAGAUGUCUGUUUAAACGACUAGCACACAGCUCAGACACCCAUGCAUACCCCACAAGACUCUUCACAGUCCCCAAGUCCAGAACAGACUAUGGGAGGUGCACAAUACUACAUAGAGCCAUGACUACAUGGAACUCUAUUCCACAUCAGGUAACUGAUGCAAUCAGUAGAAUCAGAUUUAUUUAAAAACAGAUUAAAAUACACCUUAUGGAACAGCGGGGACUGUGAAGAGACACACACAUAGACACAGACACAUGCAUACACACACACGAUAACAUACACUCUAUACACACGUACACAUGGAUGUUGUGUUGUAUAUGUGUGGUAGUGGAGUAGGGGCCUGAGGUCACACACUUAGUGUGUUGUGAAUUCUGUUAUGAAUGUAUUGUAAUGUUUUUGAAAUUGUAUAACUGCCUUAAUUUUGCCGGACCCCAGGAAGAGUAGCUGCUGCCUUGGCAGGAACUAAUAGGGAUCCAUAAUAAAUACAAAUACAAAUGUACAGUACUGAAACUAAGAGGCCAGAGAGAAGGGGAAACUGCCCACAAGGGUACCCAGUCAAUAACCCCUAAAUUAGACGUUUGGCAAGAAAGAAAACAAGUUGUGAAGAAGAGGAAGAAUAUUCAAACAUCUCUUUAUGAAAUUAAUAACAGCUGAUAAAUUAACAUAUUUUCUUCCAGCUCGAGUGUGGUACAGGAAUAACUGUCAUUCAACUCAAUACUAAGGGACCAUAAGCCUUUAGAAUUGUGUCAGUUUUAAGAAAAAUUUGCAGUAUAAUUCCAUAUGAUUGAUGUUGCAAAAUUACAGUUCGUAACAGUAUUCAGAGAUAUACUGUAUAGACAUUUAGGAAUAGCUGGAGAUUGGAAAUGUGAUGAAAAAAUGUGUAAUUAGGAUGUUGCAGUGUUUGGUUCUUUGUAAGAAAAUGUGUAGGCUUAUAGUCCAGAUGAUGUCAACUCUGUGUAGGUUUAUAGUCCAGAUGAUGUCAACUCUGUGUAGGUUUAUAGUCCAGAUGAUGUAAACUCUGUGUAGGCUGAUGGUUCCAGAUGACGUCAACUCUGUGUAGGCUGAUGGUUCCAGAUGACGUCAACUCUGUGUAGGCUGAUGGUCCAGAUGAUGUCAACUCUGUGUAGGCUGAUGGUCCAGAUGAUGUCAACUCUGUGUAGGCUGAUGGUCCAGAUGACGUCAACUCUGUGUAGGCUGAUGGUUCCAGAUGACGUCAACUCUGUGUAGGCUGAUGGUUCCAGAUGACGUCAACUCUGUGUAGGCUGAUGGUCCAGAUGAUGUCAACUCUGUGUAGGCUGAUGGUCCAGAUGAUGUCAACUCUGUGUAGGCUGAUGGUCCAGAUGAUGUCAACUCUGUGUAGGCUGAUGGUCCAGAUGAUGUCAACUCUGUGUAGGCUGAUGGUCCAGAUUAUGUCAACUCUGUGUAGGCUGAUGGUCCAGAUGACGUCAACUCUGUGUAGGCUGAUGGUCCAGAUGAUGUCAACUCUGUGUAGGCUGAUGGUCCAGAUGAUGUCAACUCUGUGUAGGCUGAUGGUCCAGAUGACGUCAACUCUGUGUAGGCUGAUGGUUCCAGAUGACGUCAACUCUGUGUAGGCUGAUGGUUCCAGAUGACGUCAACUCUGUGUAGGCUGAUGGUUCCAGAUGACGUCAACUCUGUGUAGGCUGAUGGUCCAGAUGAUGUCAACUCUGUGUAGACUGAUGGUCCAGAUGAUGUCAACUCUGUAUAGGCUGAUGGUCCAGAUGAUGUCAACUCUGUGUAGGCUGAUGGUCCGGAUGAUGUCAACUCUGCUAGUGUCACCGUGGUGACUGCUGUCUGUUGGUUUCUACUCAGGGAGAUAGAGAACAGGAUCGAGGCUGAUCAUCCAGUGGUGAGUUAGUUCAACUUCCUGUCUCUGUCUGUCUGUCUGUCAACAUCGUGUAUCUAUCUGUCUUCCCCGUCCACAGCCCAACUUCCUGUCUCUGUCCUUCAUUCUGUCAACAUCAUGCAUCUAUCUGUCUCCCCGUCCACAGCCCAACUUCCUGUCUCUGUCAGCAUCAUGUAUCUAUCUGUCUCCCCCGUCCACAGCCCAACUUCCUGUCUCUGUCAGCAUCAUGUAUCUAUCUGUCUCCCCGUCCACAGCCCAACUUCCUGUCUCUGUCAGCAUCAUGUAUCUAUCUGUCUCCCCGUCCACAGCCCAACUUCCUGUGUCUGUCAGCAUCAUGUAUCUAUCUGUAUCCCCCGUCCACAGCCCAACUUCCUGUCUCUGUCAGCAUCAUGUAUCUAUCUGUCUCCCCGUCCACAGCCCAACUUCCUGUCCCUGUCAGCAUCAUGUAUCUAUCUGUCUCCCCGUCCACAGCCCAACUUCCUGUGUCUGUCAGCAUCAUGUAUCUAUCUGUCUCCCCGUCCACAGCCCAACUUCCUGUCUCUGUCAGCAUCAUGUAUCUAUCUGUCUCCCCUUCCACAGCCCAACUUCCUGUCUCUGUCAGCAUCAUGUAUCUAUCUGUCUCCCCGUCCACAGCCCAACUUCCUGUGUCUGUCAGCAUCAUGUAUCUAUCUGUCUCCCCGUCCACAGCCCAACUUCCUGUGUCUGUCAGCAUCAUGUAUCUAUCUGUCUCCCCGUCCACAGCCCAACUUCCUGUCUCUGUCAGCAUCAUGUAUCUAUCUGUCUCCCCUUCCACAGCCCAACUUCCUGUCUCUGUCAGCAUCAUGUAUCUAUCUGUCUCCCCGUCCACAGCCCAACUUCCUGUGUCUGUCAGCAUCAUGUAUCUAUCUGUCUCCCCGUCCACAGCCCAACUUCCUGUGUCUGUCAGCAUCAUGUAUCUAUCUGUAUCCCCCGUCCACAGCCCAACUUCCUGUCUCUGUCAGCCAUCAUGUACAGUGAGGGAAAAAAGUAUUUGAUCCCCUGCUGAUUUUGUACGUUUGCCCACUGACAAAGACAUGAUCAGUCUAUAAUUUUAAUGGUAGGUUUAUUUGAACAGUGAGACAGAAUAACAACAACAAAAAUCCAUAAAAAUGCAUGUCAAAAAUGUUAUAAAUUGAUUUGCAUUUUAAUGAGAGAAAUAAGUAUUUGACCCCUCUGCAAAACAUGACUUAGUACUUGGUGGCAAAACCCUUGUUGGCAAUCACAGAGGUCAGACGUUUCUUGUAGUUGGCCAACAGGUGUGCACACAUCUCAAGAGGGAUUUUGUCCCACACCUAUUUGCAGAUCUUCUCCAAGUCAUUUUCUCCAAGGUUUCGAGCCUGACGUUUGGCAACUCGAACCUUCAGCUCCCUCCACAGAUUUUCUAUGGGAUUAAGGUCUGGAGACUGGCUAGGCCACUCCAGGACCUUAAUGUGCUUCUUCUUGAGCCACUCCUUUGUUGCCUUGGCCAUGUGUUUUGGGUCAUUGUCAUGCUGGAAUACCCAUCCACGACCCAUUUUCAAUGCCCUGGCUGAGGGAAAUCACCCAAAAUUUGACGGUACAUGGCUCCGUCCAUCGUCCCUUUGAUGCGGUGAAGUUGUCCUGUCCCCUUAGCAGAAAAACACCCCCAAAGCAUAAUGUUUCCACCUCCAUGUUUGACGGUGGGGAUGGUGUUCUUGGGGUCAUAGGCAGCAUUCCUCCUCCUCCAAACACGGCGAGUUGAGUUGAUGCCAAAGAGCUCGAUUUUGGUCUCAUCUGACCACAACACUUUCACCCAGUUCUCCUCUGAAUCAUUCAGAUGUUCAUUGGCAAACUUCCGACGGGCCUGUAUAUGUGCUUUCUUGAGCAGGGGGACCUUGCGGGCGCUGCAGGAUUUCAGUCCUUCACGGCAUAGUAUUUUACCAAUUGUUUUCUUGGUGACUAUGGUCCCAGCUGCCUUGAGAUCAUUGACAAGAUCCUCCCGUUUAGUUCUGGGCUGAUUCCUCACCGUUCUCAUGAUCAAUGCAACUCCACGAGGUGAGAUCUUGCAUGGAGCCCCAGGCCGAGGGAGAUUGACAGUUAUUUUGUGUUUCUUCCAUUUGCGAAUAAUCGCACCAACUGUUGUCACCUUCUCACCAAGCUACUUGGCGAUGGUCUUGUAGCCCAUUCCAGCCAUGUGUAGGUCUACAAUCUUGUCCCUGACAUCCUUGGAGAGCUCUUUGGUUUUGGCCAUGGUGGAGAGUUUGGAAUCUGAUUGAUUGAUUGCUUCUGUGGACAGGUGUCUUUUAUACAGGUAACAAACUGAGAUUAGGAGCACUCCCUUUAAGAGUGUGCUCCUAAUCACAGCUCGUUACCUGUAUAAAAGACACCUGGGAGCCAGAAAUCUUUCUGAUUGAGAGGGGGUCAUAUACUUAUUUCCCUCAUUAAAAUGCAAAUCAAUUUAUAACAUUUUUGACAUGCGUUUGUAUGGAUUUUGUUGUUGUUAUUCUGUCUCUCACUGUUCAAAUAAACCUACCAUUAGAAUUAUAGACUGAUAAUUUAUUCGUCAGUGGGCAAACGUACAAAAUCAGCAGGGGAUCAAAUACUUUUUUCCCUCACUGUAUCAGGAUCCAGACCUCUUCCCUUUUUUUCUUGUUCUACAUGUUGCUACGUUACAGACUUAUUCUAAAAUUGAUUAAAUAAAAUCAAUCAACACACAGCACCCCAUAAUGACGAAGUGAAAACUGGUUUUCAGACCUUAUUUACAUAAGUAUUCAGACCCUUUGCUAUGAGACUCGAAAUUGAUCAUCCUUGAGAUGUUUCUACAACUUGAUUGGAGUCCAACUGUGGUAAAUUCAAUUGAUUGGACAUGAUUUGGAAAACCACACACCUGUCUAUAUAAGGUCCCACAGUUGACAGUGUAUGUCAGAGCAAAAACCAAGCCAUGAGGUCAAAGGAAUUGUCCGUAGAGCUCAGAGACAGGAUUGUGUCGAGGCACAGAUCUGGGGAAGGGUACCAAAAUAUUCUGCAGCAUUGAAGUUCCCCAUGAACACAGUGGCCUCCAUCAUUCUUAAAUGGAAGAAGUUAGAAACCACCAGGACUCUUCCUAGAGCUGGCCGCCCGGCCAAACUGAAUAAUUGGGGGAGAAGGGCCUUGGUCAGGGAGGUGACCAAGAACCCAAUGGUCUCUCUGACAGAGCUCUAGAGUUCCUCUGCUGAAAUGGCAGAACCUUCCAGAAGGACAACCAUCUCUGCAGCACUCCACCAAUCAGGCCUUUAUGGUAGAGUGGCCAGACUCCUCAGUAAAAGGCCACUCCUCAGCCACUCCUCAGUAAAAGGCACAUGACAGCCCGCUUGGAGUUUGCCAAAAGGCACCUAAAGGACUCUCAGACCAUGAGAAACAAGAUUCUCUGGUCUGAAUGCCAAGCGUCACAUCUGGACGAAACCUGGCACCAUCCCUACGGUGAAGCAUGGUGGUGGCAGCAUCAUGCUGUGGGGAUGUUUUUCAGCGGCAGAGACUGGGAGACUAGUCAGGAUCGAGGGAAAGAUGAACUGAGCAAAGUACAGAGAGAUCCUUGAUGAAAACCUGCUCCAGAGCGCUCAGGACCUUAGACUGGAGCGAAGGUUCACCUUCCAACAGGACAAUGACCCUAAGCACACAGCCAAGACAACACAGGAGUGGCUUCGGGACAAGUCUCUGAAUGUCCUUGAGUGGCCCAGCCAGAGCCCGGACUUGAACCCGAUCGAACAUCUCUGGAGAGACCUGAAAAUAGCUGUGCAGCGACGUUCCCCAUCCAACCUGACAGAGCUUGAGAGGAUCUGCAGAGAACAAUGGGAGAAACUCCCCAAAUACAGGUGUGCCAAGCUUGUAGCGUCAUACCCAAGAAGACUCGAGACUGUAAUCGCUGCCAAAGGAUGCUUCAACAAAGUACUGAGUAAAGGGUUUGAAUACUUAUGUAAAUGUCAUAUUUAAGUUUUUAUUUUUUAUAAAUUAGCAAAACAUUUCUAAAAACCUGUUUUUGCUUUGUCAUUAUGGGGUAUUGUGUGUAGAUUGAUGAGGGGGAAAAAACAAUUUAAUCCAUUUUAGAAUAAGGCUGUAAUGUAACAAAAUGUGGAAAAAGUCAAGGGGUCUGAAUACUUUCCGAAUGCACUGUAUCUGUCUCACAGUCCCCAGCCCAACUUCCUGUCUCUGUCAGUCAGUCUGUCAGCAUCAUGUGUCUAUCUGUCUCACAGUCCCCAGCCCAACUUCCUGUCUCUGUCAGUCAGUCUGUCAGCAUCAUGUGUCUAUCUGUCUCACAGUCCCCAGCCCAACUUCCUGUCUCUGUCAGUCAGUCUGUCAGCAUCAUGUGUCUAUCUGUCUCACAGUCCCCAGCCCAACUUCCUGUCUCUGCCAGUCUUCUCCAGUCUCUAUUUGCUCACCAUCUGA